CUUGCCAUGUCCCUCGCGAACAAGCUUUCGAUAAGUGAGCUGGAUCUCAAUGGCAAGCGCGUCCUCAUCCGCGUCGACUUCAACGUGCCUCAGCAAGAUGGGAAAAUUACUAAUCCGGCGCGCAUUGUCGCAGCUCUCCCCACAAUCCAAUACGCGCUCAAAAAUGGCGCUUCUGUCGUCACUCUCAUGUCCCACUUGGGUCGGCCAGACGGCAAGGUUGUUGAGAAGUACUCGCUCAAGCCGGUUGCUGCAGAACUCGAGAAGUUAAUUGGCUCGUCUGUGACCUUCCUUCCCGACUGCGUCGGCCCAGAAGUUGAAAAAGCGGUCAACUCUGCAUCCAACGGCACAAUCAUUCUCCUUGAGAAUCUGCGUUUCCACAUUGAGGAAGAGGGCUCUGUCAAGAACAAGGACGGGACGAAGACGAAAGCUGACCCCACCAAGGUUGCGGAGUUUAGGGAGGGGCUUACUCGGCUGGGCGAUGUUUAUGUCAACGACGCUUUCGGUACUGCCCACAGAGCACACUCGAGUAUGGUCGGUAUCAAGCUGCCCCAGAGAGCUGCUGGUUUCCUCGUCAAAAAGGAGCUGGAAUUUUUCGCCAAAGCCCUCGAAAGCCCCGACCGUCCAUUCCUCGCCAUCCUUGGUGGGGCCAAAGUGUCAGACAAGAUCCAACUCAUCGAUAACAUGCUCGAUAAGGUCAACUCACUCAUCAUUUGUGGCGGCAUGGUGUACACUUUCAAGAAGACGUUGGACAACAUGUCUAUUGGCAACUCUCUGUUCGAUGCACCUGGGUCCGAGAAAGUCGCCGGGCUCAUUGAAAAGGCAAAGAAGAACAACGUCAAGCUGGUUUUCCCAAUUGACCACAUCACCGCUGAUAAGUUUGACAAGAAUGCCAAGACGGGGAAUGCCACAGAUGCCGAAGUCGAGAACUUUUUCCGCACAACUGUUUUGGAAGCCAAAACAAUUCUUUGGAAUGGACCUCCUGGCGUGUUCGAAUUCCCUGCUUUUGCUGAAGGCUCCACGUCUCUUCUAGAGGCGAAUAUCGACGCUGCUAAGAAUGGGGCGGUUGUUAUUGUUGGUGGUGGUGACACUGCGACGCUUGUCGCUCAGCAUGGUGUAGAAGAAAAGCUGAGCCACGUGAGCACGGGUGGUGGAGCCAGUCUAGAGUUGUUGGAGGGCAAGGUUUUACCUGGCGUUGCUGAGUUGAGCGAAAAGUGA